AUGUUACCUUAUCAGAAACUAAUUGGUUCGCUUAUGUAUAUAGCUGUGCUCACACGUCCUGAUAUUGUAUUUUCUGUAAAUUUCCUAAGCCAAUUUAACAAUUGUUACACAAAAGAACAUUGGGCCUAUGCAAAGAGGUUUUUAGCUAGUGGUAAUAAUCAGUUAGAAGCUUUUGUAGAUGUAGAUUGGGCAAGUAAUGUAAUUGAUAGGAGAUCUUAUACAGGAUAUUUCUUUAGGCUGUUGAAUUGUGCAAUAUCUUGGGAAACUAAGAAGCAGGUUACCGUAGCAUUGUCAAGUACGGAGGCUGAAUAUAUGGGUAUUUCUGAAUGUUGUCAAGAGGCUGUGUAUUUGCGAAAUUUGUUAUUUGAAUUAAAUGGAGUAACUUAUCCUAUACCAAUAUAUUUUAAUGAUAAUCAGUUAGCCCAUAAGUUGUCAGCAAAUCCUGUCCACCAUAAAAGGUCAAAACAUAUAGAUGUGCGGUAA